AUGGAGCUGACCGUUAGAUUAUUUCCUUCCCUUAUCAUCAUUUAGGACUACUUUGAGAUUCCGAAGUAUCAAAUUCAAGAAACAUCCACCGGCCGUCUCCGGCGAUCCAAAGUCAGCACCAUCUGUUUUGAUGAAAUGCUGACCGCCACCAGUCUCUCCUCUCCACCGUCUUCUUCCGCAUCAGCCUUUACGCCGUCAAUCCCGUUUUCGGGCACACUCCGUUCAUCUUGCUCUUUUGCUACUCCAAUACUAAGACUUCCUACUGCAAGUACAAGCUCUGCCAAAAAUAGGACUUUUCUACGCGUUCAAACAUCUUCCUCGUCAAGGCCGAUGAUCGAGAAGGAAACGCUGGAGUCCCAACGGCCAGAUUCGUUCCUACGUGAUUCCGAUACCGGGGACUUCUCCGGCAAAGAAGAUAAUCCGGGUUCUGUGAGGGCUCGUUUUGAGAAGAUGAUUAGAGAGGUCCAGAACAACGUGUGCUCGGCGUUGGAGGGUAUAGACGGAGGGGGGAAGUUUAGGGAGGAUGUCUGGUCCAGACCCGGUGGUGGCGGUGGCAUCAGUAGGGUUUUGCAGGACGGCCACGUAUUCGAAAAGGCCGGCGUCAAUGUCUCUGUAGUUUACGGCGUCAUGCCUCCCGACGCCUAUAGAGCUGCCAAGUCAUCCGCCUCUGCCGCCGACAAUGGCGACGUAAAGGCCGGCCCUGUCCCCUUUUUCGCUGCUGGGAUCAGCUCGGUUCUGCAUCCAAAGAACCCUUUUGCUCCAACUCUGCAUUUCAACUAUAGGUAUUUUGAAACGGAUGCUCCGAAAGAUGCUCCUGGAGCACCAAGGCAGUGGUGGUUUGGUGGUGGUACUGAUUUGACACCUUCCUACAUUUUUUAUGAGGACGCGAAACACUUCCACUCGGUUCAAAAAAGUGCUUGCGAUAAGUUUGAUCCCAGCUUCUAUCCUCGAUUCAAAAAAUGGUGUGAUGAUUAUUUUUAUAUUAAGCACCGCGGAGAGAGGCGGGGUCUAGGAGGAAUAUUCUUUGAUGAUUUAAAUGACUAUGAUCAGGAGAUGCUUCUCUCUUUUGUUACAGAGUGUGCGAAAUCUGUCAUCCCUGCAUAUAUACCGAUAAUAGAGAAGAGGAAAGAUACACCCUUCACUGACAACCACAUAGCGUGGCAACAACUACGUCGGGGACGCUAUGUAGAAUUCAACUUGGUUUAUGACCGUGGAACAACAUUUGGACUAAAGACGGGAGGCCGGAUAGAGAGUAUUCUUGUUUCUCUUCCAUUAACUGCACGAUGGGAGUACAACCAUCAACCACAAGAAGGGACUGAAGAAUGGCGGCUUUUGGAUGCUUGUAUCAACCCUAAGGAAUGGAUCUGAGUUCUAGUUUAUGGAGGUUAUAUGUAAUUGUUUUCUCUGCCAAUUGAGUUAUUUAUAUACGUAGUAUUUAUAAGUUUCCUGUUUCAGUAUAGGUCAGACAGAGUUUGUAAUGUUUUGUCAAAGGACAUCAUGAACCCUUGGUGUUGAUAGAUUUAUUGCUGUCUUUUGUUUUUCUUAAGACUUGAGUUUUCAACCCUUGCCAAGUACCCAGUAGCUUUUAUGUUUUUCAUCUAUAUAAUUUAUUUAUUUAGUUUUUGCCUGCUGGCAAUCGAAGCUUUUUUGAGAUACAAAGUUACAGCUAAAUGAAAUUUGUUAUUCAAAA